AUGGCUCCCCCAGUAUCAAAAUGGUGGCAAGAGCCCAACGAGGUCGACCUCGACUACGGAUUCGAUUCUGACGAACCGGAUACCAGAUAUAACGAACCUGAUCGAAACACCUCCCACGAGAAUAGAAGCAAAUCGAGAGAUAUCCAGAAUACAUACGAUAAGGGUGUGAUUGCAAGCAUGUCUUCUUGGCUCCACCGUCAGGCUGGUACCCCCCACGGACAGCUUGCGACAGCGGCCGUCGUAUCCGGCGCAGCUGUCGCAAGUGCCAUCCUUGGGUACCAGUCAUACAAGCGCAAGGAAGCUGUUCACGAUCUGAAGGCUUCGAUCCCAAGUAUAGAUGAUUUGCAUGCUGCAGAAAUGCUCACCGAUUUUGGCGCUGCCUCGAAUGGAAUACAGCUGAGCAAGGAAGAUCAGCGCAGUGCAGCUUUAGCUCGCAGAGCGCAACAGGGGGACUACGAUGAUGACUUGAUUCUAGAACAGCUCGCCCGCAACCGUGUGUUCCUUGGCGAUGAAGGCCUUGCCAAGCUCCGAUCGUCAUUCAUUGUCGUUGUCGGCUGUGGUGGUGUUGGUUCGCAUGCCGCUGCCUCCCUGGCCAGAUCGGGCGUGUCAAAAAUCCGGCUCAUUGAUUUCGAUCAAGUCACACUAUCAUCGCUGAACCGACACGCCGUAGCGACAUUGGCUGAUGUUGGUACGCCUAAGGUCCAGUGCAUCCGGAGGCGAUUGGAACAAAUCGCGCCGUGGGUCAUGUUCGAUUGCCGGAAUGAGCUCUAUGGAAAGGCCGCAUCUGACGAGCUUCUUGGCCCGUGGUCUCUGACACACGACGGGGAGGGCCGUAGACCAGAUUUUGUGUUGGAUUGUAUCGAUAACAUUACGUCCAAGGUAGAGUUGCUACACUAUUGCCACACGAACUCCUUGCCUGUGAUUUCGUCGAUGGGUGCAGGGUGCAAGUCAGACCCGACUCGCGUCGUGGUCGGUGACAUCUCGCUCAGCACCGAUGAUCCUUUGUCCCGCGCUACACGCCGCAGACUAAAGCUCCUUGGUGUUUCGUCAGGCGUCGCAGCCGUGUUCUCAACAGAGAAACCGGGCCCGGGCAAGGCUACCCUGCUUCCUCUCCCCGAGGAUGAGUUCAUCAAGGGUCAAGUUGGUGAGCUUGGAGUUCUUCCUGACUUCCGAGCCCGCAUUCUCCCAGUGCUAGGGACCAUGCCUGCAGUCUUUGGUUACACGGUAGCCAACCACGUUAUCUGCACUAUUGCUGGCUACCCGCUUGACUACAAUAUGGGCGCCAAGGGCCGCGAGAAACUCUACGAUACCAUUUUAAAUGCAUUGCUAAACUUGCAUGAAAGAAUGAUCAAACAAACCACCGGUCAAGAUACCGUGGGACUCCGCGCUCCUCUCAGCAAGGAUGACAUUGCAUUCGUUGUAGAGGAAGUAUACCGGGGAAAGAGUGCGAUCAGUGGCUUGUCGAACAGACUGGCUCUCGUUCCCUGGCAAACUCCCGCACAUGGAUGGAAGAUGGAUCUGAGCCUUGAGAAAGAGGGACAAAAGACCGUCCCGAUGAACAUCAAUGAACUGGUCUGUAUGACGAAGGAGGAGGCUCUCCGACACGAAAACGAGGUGCUUAAGGGUGGCAAGAAGGUGGAAGAUGUAUAUGAUGAGACUGUUCUCCAGCGUGUAAACCUGCGCAGACGGGAAGCGGAGGAGUACGAUCAGUACCGAGGAUAG